AGUUUCUUGGAUGGCGCUGACUCUAAAAUUGCAGUUUCUCGGUACAGGAUCUCAGAAAUCGACAAUUGUGAGAGCGACUCAAUCGAUUGUAGUCACGAUCCGAAAUGGAUUAAAAGCAGGAGAAUGGUUAUUUGACUGUGGCGAUAUCACAACGCAUCAGAUGUACCGAUUGCAGAGAGAAAUGAAAAGUUCGUUAAGUGGAGAACGGAUUCGGAACCUAAUCAUCCGUCCUUCGCGUAUUUCAACGAUUUUUAUCACGCACAUGCACGGAGAUCAUAUUUAUGGCCUUCCUGCCUUUUUGAGCGACGCAGGAAUCAGUCGCACACAAAACAACCAGACCUAUGCUCCAGUAGAAAUCUAUGGUCCCUACGGUUUGGCGAAAUAUCUCAAAACCGUGUUCCAAUUAACCGACACCAAGACGAACUGUCCCUGCAUAGUUCACGAGCUGUUCUCUGAUGAAAACGAUCCCCGCCUAGACGAAUACGCAUCAAACAGCACACGUUUGCACUACGAAGAUCGGCGCAUCCAGGUGGCGCCUCUGUUUCCCGCGUCUGACGGCUUCUGGGAUCUCUGCGAAACGACGCUCGGAAGCGUUCGAGCAGGCAAAAUCAAGCACACCGUCGAUUGCUUCGGCUUUGCGUACACUUCGCCGCCUCAGUUUAAGAAGCUGGAUGAAGCGAAAAUCCACGAAUUGUACCAGGAGAACGCGUCGAAAUUGCUAACGACGUGCGGAGUGACGGAGCAGGAUGUGAUUCAACGUCUUCAGCAGGGAAAGAAAGUGGUACUGGGAGAAAACUGCACGAUUGAUCCCUUCGAUUCGACGCUUUUCGCGGAACAGAAAAACACAAAACGAUUCGCCAUUUUAGGAGACACGAGCGAUGCUCGCUCCAUGCUUCCUUUACUCAAACAGACAGACUUGCUAGUGCACGAAUCCACUGUGAUUCCGCUUCAGAAAGAGCUUCGUACGCUUCAGAUCGCUGUUUUUUUGUUUAAUAAAAUAGGCGGCCGUUCGAUGGAGGACAUCGAGGCGAUCGUUCGCGAGAGCGGUCAUUCCACGGCGAGAAUGGCCGGAGCGUUCGCGAAGGAGUGCGAAGCCAAGCGCUUGGUGCUGACGCACAUUUCGAGUCGCUAUCCGGCCAAUUCCAAACGCUUCGACAGUCCCGAAAUGCGCGAAUUGCGCGAGCUCGCGGUGGUACGAUCCAUGUCGUGGCGUGAGGCGUAG